GACAAUGGGGAGGACUCCCACAGAAUUGCCCAGUCCCCGGUGGUCCAUGUCAGGGGUCUGUGUGAGGCCGUGGUGGAGGCUGACCUGGUGGAGGCCCUGGAAAAGUUUGGGCCAAUAUGGUAAGAAUCCACCCACAUACAGUACCAGUCAAAAGUUUGGACACACAUACUCAUUCAAGGGUUUUUCUUUAUUUUUACUAUUUUCUACAUUGUAGAAUAACAGUGAAGACAUCAAAACUAUGAAAUAACACAUAUGGAAUCAUGUAGUAACCAAAAAAGUGUUAAACAAAUCAAAAUAUAUUUUAUAUUUGAGAUUCUUCAAAGUAGCCACCCUUUGCCUUGAUGACAGCUUUGCACACUCUUGGCAUUCUCUCAACCAGCUUCAUGAGGAAUUAUUUUCCAACAAUCUUGAAGGAGUUCCCACAUAUGCUGAGCACUUGUUGGCUGCUUUUCCUUCACUCUGCGGUCCAACUCAUCCCAAAUCAUCUCAAUUGGGUUGAGGUCGGGUGAUUGUGGAGGCCAGGUCAUCUGACGCAGAAUUCCAUCACUCUCCUUCUUGGUCAAAUAGCCCUUACACAGCCUGGAGGUGUGUUUUGGGUCAUUGUCCUGUUGAAAAACAAAUUAUAGUCCCACUAAGCGUAAACCAGAUGGGAUGGCGUAACGCUGCAGUAUGCUGUGGUAGCCAUGCUGGUUAAGUGUGCCUUGAAUUCUAAAUAAAUCACAGACAGUGUCACCAGCAAAGCACACCCCCACCAUCACACCUCCUCCUCCAUGCUUCACGGUGGGAACCACACAUGCAGAGACCAUCCGUUCACCUACUCUGCGUCUCACAAAGACACAGCGGUUGGACCAAAAAUCUCAAAUAUGGACUCAUCAGACCAAAGGACAGAUUUCCACUGGUCUAAUGUCCGUUGCUCGUGUUUCUUGGCCCAAGCAAGUCUCUUCUUCUUAUUGGUGUCCGUUAGUAGUGGUUUCUUUGCAGCAAUUUGACCAUGAAGGUGUGAUUCAUGCAGUCUCCUCUGAACAGUUGAUGUUAAGAUGUGUCUGUUACUUGAACUGUGAAGCAUUUAUUUGGGCUGCAAUCUGAGGUGCAGUUAACUCUAAUGAACUUAUCCUCUGCAGCAGAGGUAACUCUUGGUCUUCCUUUCCUGUGGCGGUCCUCAUGAGAGCCAGUUUCAUCAUAGCGCUUGAUGGUUUUUGCGACUGUACUUGAAGAAACUUUCAAAGUUCGGAUUGACUGACCUUCAUGUUUUAUAGUAAUGAUGGACUGUCGUUUCUCUUUGCUUAUUUGCUUAUUUGAGCUGUUCUUGCCAUAAUAUGGACUUGGUCUUUUACCAAAUAGGGCUAUCUUCUGUAUACCACCCCUACCUUGUCACAACACAACUGAUUGUGCCCCCCACCCCUUAACCCCCUGUUUUCGUCAUUGUAAGACAUUGAAACAAAAAGACAAUUUCAGAAAUUGGAAAUAUGCACUUGGAAGACUGUGGAUAAGAGUGUAUGCUACGUGGAUCAUGUAAAUGUAGUGUAGAUAUGUGUGAGCCAUUUCCCCUCGGGCCUCCCCAGUGACUUGCCUUUCAUCCUGUUUAAGUCACUGUGGUUCUGUAGAAAUAAAACAUUACAUCAGCAUGUACUGAAGCAGUGAUCUAACAAGGCUGAACUCACUUCCUUUGAAGAGCUACACUCACAGACACACACAAACAUUUUCAGUCUGUAUACAAUCAACUCACACACACAAACACCAGCACACACAGCUGGUUGUGGCCAAACCAAGCUUUUACCUCACAGAGACCUUGAGUAAUAGAGAGAGCUCAGUGUUAAUCAGGCUCAUUAUGUGGUGCAAUAUUCAUUACGUAACAUCCCAUCAACCCUAUGAGAGCUGCGGAAACAGCAUACGACAGCAUACCGUACCAUAGUAACUGUGGAAACGAUGGUAACUAUCCAAUUAGACCAGCAUUGCCUAUAGUAUUGUCACAACAGCGGUUUCUCCCCUCUUCUGUUUUUGUGCAUUUCUGUUGAGCCAACUUAGGCAAUGUUUUUGAAAAUAUAAACAAAAAGCACCACAAACAAAUAGAGCCGUUUGCUUUCUGGGAGAAUUGUUUGAAAAUUACCCAUAACCUCAGAAUUUAACUAGGAAAUGUUUUACAUUCAAAACUUGCAGAGUUUUAAUUCUGUCAGUUCAGGACAUGAGUUAUCAUCGGCCAAAUUUCAAAGACACCCUAUUUCCAAUUGGUUUCUACUUUUGCCACCAAAUGUCGUUCACUACAGUAGACAGGGAAUAGGGUGUCAUUUGAGCCACAGUCCAUUUAGAGUAAUAGACCAAUUUUCUACUCAGUGAAUUGAAUUCUAAUGGACUUCCUUAUUGUUCUGUGUUGAUGGCAGCUAUGUGAUGAUGAUGCCCUUUAAGCGGCAGGCGCUGGUGGAGUUUGAGAUGGUGGAGUGUGCUGAUAAGUGUGUGGCGUGUGGCAGUAGCGAGGCAGUCUACAUCGCAGGCCAGCAGGCCUUCUUCAACUACUCCACCAGCAAGAGGAUCACCCGGCCCACCAACUCAGACAACCCCAACAGUGGCAACAAAGUCCUGCUCCUGUCAAUCCAGAAUCCCCUCUACCCCAUCACCACGGUAAGAACAUGGUAACAGUACGUGACUCCUGGCAUGGAGUCAGUGCUGAAAAUUCAUACUGUAUUACACAAUAGCAUCACAGCAGUAACAGUAAUUAACUUGCUCCGUGCCACCCUCCUGGCACUGUAUGCAUACUAUAUCCUCACCAUGGUAACAGUACAGACCAAGAGUACCUCAUUAUUGCCCAUGUUAACAGUAGUCAAGUGAAUAUAUGAAUCAUAAGCAUUGGGUAUUAUCAUAGAACUGUAUGAUUUAUUUUUGUACUCUUUCUUGCUCUCUCACUCCCUUUCUACCUCUCUAUGUUACCCUCUCUCUUUCAUUCUCUCUCUCUCUCUGUCUACCUCUCUCUCCUAAUGCGAGCAGAGAGGCUACAUUUAGAAAGUAGUGUUUAAAAACAUUUUUUGGCUGUUUCGAGGUUAAUUUCCCCCUGAGUUUGUGCAUAUCUCCUACCAUACCCCCAUCUAUCGCCCCCUUUCUCUCUCACCUCCCACUGCUCUCUUUCUCUCCCCCCCCUCCCUCUCAGGUUGUAUUGAUAGAUAGAGAGGGCUCUCCGCGCUGUGCCUGUAGUGUUCAGAUAGCAUGUGUCUGAUGUAGGGCUGACCCCAUUUAGUCGACUGGAUGAUUGUUUGGUAUGCUGUAAUAAAGGCUUUACACUUUUUUUUGUUAGAACGGCCUCUCUGGUAUUACUUAUCAUUUAUUUAGUGUUGUUUACACUCUUCCAAAUUGUCAGAAAAAUAAUAUUUAUAAUAAUAAUAACCCUCCUUUUUCUUGAUCUCCUUCUUAUUGUUAUUAUUACUAUUAUUAUUAUGAUCAUCAUUAUUAUAAUAAGUAAUGUCGUUAUCAUUAGUAUGCUUAUAUAGCAGCCUUGUAUAACCACCAUCGAGCUGUAGGCCUAAGAGCGCAUCCUGUUUAGUCUUACCGUAACUUAGGCCAAUAUUUCAAUACUUAUAUAGGCUACUGUAUCAAACAAUCAUUCAUUCGUUCAUAUCAUAACACAGCAUUCGAGUCAUUCAUGAUUUGAAAUGCAAUCAAGUAUUUUUGUUUUAAAAUAACACAGCGACCCUUGAAUAAUUAGUGUAAACAAUAAAUAAACCGUUCCAUAUCGGCAAUUGCAUUCACGAAUGCAUGCGACUGUUUUUAGUCUUUGCUGUAAUAAAGGCUUUCCAAAUAUAUAAAUAAAAUAAUAAUUACAAUAGAGUCUCUGGUACGUUUAUAAUUUAUUUAGUGUUGUUUACAUUGUUCCAAACAGUCAGAAAAAUUAUAUUGUAAUUGUAAGGUUCUGUAUUUACAUUUACAUUUUAGUCAUUUAGCAGACGCUCUUAUCCAGAGCGACUUACAGUUAGUGAGUGUAUACAUCAUUUAUUUGUAUUUUUUUUCAUACCCCCCCCGUGGGAAACAAACCCACAACCCUGGCGUUGCAAACGCCAUGCUCUACCAACUGAGCUACAUCCCUGCCAGCCAUUCCCUCCCCUACCCUGGACGACGCUUGGCCAAUUGUGCGCCGCCCCAUGGGUCUCCCGGUCGCGGCCGGCUAUGACAGAGCCUGGAUUCGAACCAGGAUCUCUAGUGGCACAGCUAGCACUGCGAUGCAGUGCCUUAGACCACUGCGCCACUCGGGAGACUUAUUUGUUUUCUUAGUUCACCUUGUGUUCUUGUACGUAGCCCUGUUUCUUUGUGUUCUUGAACGUAGCCCUGUCUUUCAUUUUUGUUCAUUGAUUUCACCUGUGUUAGUUACUCACCUGGUCUCAUCAGCUCCUUAUUUAGUUCAGUUCUUUCUGUUUGUGCCUUGUGAGGUGUUGUUUGUUUUGACUCUACUAAGCCUUUUCCUAGCUCGUUUGUGAGAACCAGUUUUAGCCUUCAGUCCUAGUUUUGUUUCACCUGCCUGUUUGCCUACCUGUGUAUGACCAUUGCCUGCCUGUGACCACGAUUCCUGCCUUCUGCGAAGGCGUAAUAAACACCUGCCGCACUCUGCACAUGAAUCUACACCUUUUUCUCCCUGAGUAUUCAUUACAGUAAUCUAACAGCACCUGUUUGGUAGACAUAAUAUGCACGCAGCGCUCCUUACCUUCUUUUUCUUGAUCUCCAGUAUUUUCAAAUGUAUUCCACACAUCUGACUUCCCCUUUACCUCCUGAGCAACCAAACAAAUGAGGGAUUUCGAUAACAGAACUUUUCAGUCAGAAAUGGUUGUAAUUAUUUUGCAGGUUCAGCAACACAGGCUGCGCUAUACACACUGAUGGUGUGUGGUGGUUGCUGCAGCUUUUUUUUUUAACAUAGCGCAGCAAGUCUGAGCCCGGCCCGGCACAAUCAAAUAAAUUGCGGUCGGACUGCCUCUAGUCAUCUGUGUGUCUUUAAUUAUUUCAUCGAACAGUGCACUUAAAGCAUCAGACAAGCUCAGUGCAUAUAGUUGAUUUGAUUAAAACACAUAGGAUGUGUCUAUAUAUAUAUAUAUAUAUAUGGAAAAAUACACGUUUUACAAUUUUGACCAAUCGAUUGGUCGAAAGAUCAGACUACUCUGGGUCGACCAAGAUGUUUUUUAGUCAAGGACAGCCCUAGGCUGAUGAUAAGAAUACCAGGAAGCUCAGGUAUAUCAGUCUUCCUCAGAUAUGGAUGCACAAAUAGGCUGAGAAAGCAUCAAGCCUUACGCUGUCUCACUCCAGCUGAGCAGAGAGGAAAUAACACACGCCACAACCAAGAUAAAUGUGCAAAGACCUAGAUAGGUUUGAAUGAUGUUAUUAUUGAGUCAAAAAUAGGCAUAUUGUCUGAUUAGAGAGACACAGACACUGUGUUAGAACAUACAAGCAUAGAAGUAUGACAACACACUGUCACGAUCGUCUGAAGAAGCGGACCAAUACGCAGCGCGUGGAGUGAACAUGAUGACUUUUAUUUAAUAAAGCAACCACGAAAAACAACAAAUGACGAUAGUGAAGUCCUCUGUAACACUGACAGAAACAUGGAACAAAAACCCACAAACCAAGGAGAAACCACACAAUUUAAAUAUGGCUCCCAAUCAGAGAUAACGAGCCGACAGCUGACACUCGUUACCUCCGAUUGGGAGUCAUAUGACUAAUCAAGAACAAUCACCCAACAUAGAAAUACACCCAAACAAUGAAAAUGAACAACCCUGGCUCAAUAAUCAAAGUCCAUGGAGCCAGAGUGUCACAGUACCCCCCCCUAAAGGUGCGCACUCCGGGCGCACCAGCAUACAGUCUAGGGGAGGGUCUGGGUGGGCGUCUGUCCAUGGUGGCGGCUCUGGCCCAGGUCGUGGUCCCCACCCCACCUUAGUCACUAUCCGCUUCCGUAGCCCCCUCCACCUGACCACCCCCCAAUUAAACCCCACUGGAUUAAGGGGCGGCACCGGACUAAGGGGCAGCACCGGACUAAGGGGCAGCACCGGACUAAGGGACAGUACCUGACUAAGGGACAGUACCUGACUAAGGGGCAGCACCGGACUGAAUGGCGGAUCCUGGCUGGCUGGCUCUGGCGGAUCCUGGCUGGACGGCUCUGGCGGAUCCUGGCUGGACGGCUCUGGCGGAUCCUGGCUGGCGGAAGGCUCUGGCUGAUCCUGUCUGGCGGAAGGCUCUGGCUGAUCCUGUCUGGCGGAAGGCUCUGGCUGAUCCUGUCUGGCGGAAGGCUCUGGCUGCUCCUGUCUGGCGGAAGGCUCUGGCUGAUCCUGUCUGGCGGAAGGCUCUGGCUGCUCCUGUCUGGCGGAGAGCUCUAGCGGCUCCGGUCUGGCGGACGGCUCUGAAGGCUCAUGGCAGACGGGCGGCUUUGCAGGCUCAGUACAGACGGGCAGUUCCUGCGGCGCUUGGCAGACGGACAGGUCAGACGGCGUUGGGCAGACGGGCAGUUCAGACGGCGUUGGGCAGACGGGCAGUUCAGACGGCGUUGGGCAGACGGGCAGUUCAGACGGCGUUGGGCAGACGGGCAGUUCAGACGGCGUUGGGCAGACGGACAGUUCAGGCCCCGUUGGGCAGACGGCAGACUCUGGCCGUCUGAGGCGCAUCAUAGGCCUGGUGCGUGGUGCCGGAACAGGAGGUACCGGGCUGAGGACACGCAUCUCAGGGCUAGUGCGGGGAGAAGCAACAGGGCAUGCUGGACCCUGGGGACGCACCGUAGGCCUGAUGCGUGGUGCCGGAACUGGAGGUACCGGGCUGAGGACACGCAUCUCAGGGCUAGUGCGGGAAGCAGCAACAGGGCAUGCUUGGCCCUGGGGACGCACCGUAGGCCUGAUGCGGGGUGCCGGAACUGGAGGUACCGGGCUGAGGACACGCAUCUCAGGGCUAGUGCGGGGAGAAGCAACAGGGCAUGCUGGACCCUGGGAACGCACAUAAGGGCUAGUGCGGAGAGCCGGAACAGGGCAUGCUGGACCCUGGGGACUCACAUUAAGCCUAGUGCGGAGAGCAGCAACAGGACGCACAGGACUCGGGAGACACACAGGAGGCUUGGGGCGUGGUGUAGGCACUGGUGGGAAAGGGCUGGCGACGCGCACCGUAUCCCUGGUGCGAGUGGCCGGAACAGGCCGGGCCGGGCUGGCGAAGCGCACCGUAUCCCUGGUGCGAGUGGCCGGAACAGGCCGGGCUGGGCUGGCGAAGCGCACCGUAUCCCUGGUGCGAGUGGCCGGAACAGGCCGGGCUGGGCUGGCGAAGCGCACCGUAUCCCUGGUGCGAGUGGCCGGAACAGGCCGGGCCGGGCUGGCGAAGCGCACCGUAUCCUUGGUGCGAGGGGUCGUAACAGGCCGGACCGUACUGGAGGCACACACCACUGGCUCUACCCCGGGAACUGGAACGGGCCGGACCGGACUGGAUACACACCUCAGUCUCUCACGCCGUGCCUCUACAUCUCCUUUCCCUACUUUGGCCAGUGACCCCCGUAACCUGGUUGCCUCUUGAAUUCGCCCCUUCUCUGCCUCCGUUAGCCCCGUCGUCCAAGCCAUGUGCCCCCCCCCAAAAACUUUUUGGGGUUGCCUCUCGUCCUUCCAACGAUGAUGGCCCUGCUGACGCCGUUGCUCCUCUCGCCGUCGCCUCUCCACCGUUUCGCUCCAUGGACGGCGAUCCAUCCCAUCCAGGAUCUCCUCCCAAGUCCAGGACCCCUUUCUGUCCAAAAUCUCCUCCCAUGUCCAGGAAGCCUUUGGAGCUGGGUCCUGUUGCCGCUUCACACGCUGCUUGGUCCUUUGAUGGUGGGUUUUUCUGUCACGAUCGUCUGAAGAAGCGGACCAAUACGCAGCGCGUGGAGUGAACAUGAUGACUUUUAUUUAAUAAAGCAACCACGAAAAACAACAAAUGACGAUAGUGAAGUCCUCUGUAACACUGACAGAAACAUGGAACAAAAACCCACAAACCAAGGAGAAACCACACAAUUUAAAUAUGGCUCCCAAUCAGAGAUAACGAGCCGACAGCUGACACUCGUUACCUCCGAUUGGGAGUCAUAUGACUAAUCAAGAACAAUCACCCAACAUAGAAAUACACCCAAACAAUGAAAAUGAACAACCCUGGCUCAAUAAUCAAAGUCCAUGGAGCCAGAGUGUCACACACACACUAAAGGACUGAUAGAUGUAUGUACAUAGAUAUAUACACGCUUCCUUAUAGACAGACACAAUGCCAUAGAUAGUGUCUUAUAUCAAGACCAAUGGUACUUUAAAUAAAUGGAUAGCAUAUAGGUUCCUGCGUCCAGAUUGCAUCCUCUCUACUCUAAGCACACACAGAUGUUCCUACUUUAUUGAAGUCUCACAUAAACACUCGUUCUCAUUAUUCCACCAAUUUCACACAGUAACCUCUCAAAUAUUGUGAACAAAUUUGUCACAGCCUGGUAUAUUGUCUUCGGUGUUGUAGGUAUCAGGGAGAAAUGCAGUUUUAAUUGGAGCAUUUAUCUUCCAGCUGCAGCCUUGGUGAGAGCUGACUAAAGCCUUCUGUGUGUCUCCAUCUCUUGUCUCCAAGGAUGUUCUCUACACAGUGUGCAACCCCAUAGGCAGUGUAAUGCGCAUCGUCAUCUUCAAACGCAACGGCAUCCAGGCCAUGGUGGAAUAUCCUUUCUGUCUAGCUGGUUGGCUGGCUGGCUGGCUGUUAGGGUGUGAGUGUGAGUGGUGGAGGGUGUGGCCAUAAGAAAGGCAUCCCCAGGUCAAAUUAUUCAACGAGCGUAGAUUUGUUUUUGUUGAUGGUUUUAGAGGUUUAAUAACUGCUAUCUGGGGACUUGUAAUUGUACAUUGAGGCUUGAGGUUAUUUGGUUGUGUUGCUGUUGUCCUUAACUCUCCCUCCUCACAUUUGAGUCCAUCGAGUGCGCUCAGAAAGCUAAGGCUGCUCUCAAUGGAGCCGACAUCUACGCCGGCUGCUGCACCUUAAAAAUAGAAUAUGCAAGGGUAAGUCUAUAUUCACCACACACAAUAUAUACAUAAUGCUUAGCAACUAGAUUUUGUUUAAAACGCCGGAGCACUUCUUGAUGAUCAGCCUCAGCAUGCAACAUAUCUGUUGUUUCCCUCCUGUAGCCAACUCGCUUGAACGUGAUCAGAAAUGACAACGAGAGCUGGGACUACACAAAGCCUUACCUGGUCCGAAGAGGUAAGAUUCUGCACCUUGUUCUGUAGGCUAUGGAGCGCUCUCAUUGUGUAGAAGCUGCUGAGUUAGGGCUACAGGCUGCCAUAUAGGGCUCUCAUUGUUUCAGAGUGUCCAUGGGCAGCCUGCAGGGCAGAGUCAGGUUUUCCUCCCUCUGACUUAGUCACUUUAUCUGAAAUCUGCCCAGGCUGCAAACAGAACGGCAGGAGAGGAGCGGUAAGGAUAUCAAAGAAGUGUGGCUGUUUCUCUUCUCAUUCCUCACAAGCUGUAGAUAGAUCCGCGCUGAGCUGAGAGAGAGAGAGAGAGAGAGAGAGAGAGAGAGAGUUGGACUGUUUGUCUUGAGUUUAGUCUGCAUCAGCUGAAAUGAGACAGAGAAAUUGUGAUACUUCUCUUUAACAUGUGCUAACUUGAGACAGAGAGAUACUGAGUCAGAGGCUGAGGAGGGCACAGUGGUUGUAUUUUAUUUUUAUUUAACUAUAGAAAUGUUAUAGUAGCAAAGAUGCUGUUGGAAAAAAUAGCAGAGAUAUGGCCUGUUGUUGGCUGCCCCUCUUUACUACCCCCCCCAAUCCCACCCUGUCUAUGUGAAGUCAUCAUUGUGACUGUAGCAUCCCCUAUUGGGAGGUGGUUAAGGACCAGUAUGGACCACAGACCUGCAGUCAACCAAGCCAACACAAGACCGACCCACUGCGCGUCCUUCUCCAAGCAACACACUCUCACAUCCGUCUCUCACAAGCCUGCACCUGCCGCCCAUGGGAAUAGAGAGACAGAGGGAGAAAGAGAAAAAAGAGGGAUGGACGACAGGCUGACCCUGCACAGCAACAUGCAUCCAUCUUCACCCAAACCUCAAGGGAGAGGGAGAGAGACUACUCAUUCAUCCUGACCUCAUGCAACCUCAACAUCAACACGCCCAGGACAACCCGCCAGUGCCACCUCAUGGCUGGAGGACUGACUGCUUUUAGACUCUUUAGACUGGACCUAUUUUCUUCUAUUGCUUGCGGCCUGAUCUUAUUCAGUCAGUGAUCUGACUGGUUAAAACCCUUUAUAUUCCCUCACCAAUUUUUUAUUUUUAUUUUACCUUUAUUUAACUAGGCAAGUCAGUUAAGAACAAAUUCUUAUUUACAAUGACGGCCUACACCAAAUAAUCAGUAGUAGAAAUAUUGAUGAAUUAGUCUAUACUAUCCCUAGUCUGGACAUUGGAACAUAAGUGUAUUUCUCUCUUUGUCUUCUAGGCUGUGCAGAGAUAUGUAUUCUAUUAAGUCAGACAAUAUGCAAAAUAUCUCUGCUCUGUAUUCUACUUAAACACCAAGGUGACACUAUCUUCUACUGUAAGCUCUACUUUAUAUUAUAAUAUUUCUGUCAGUGUCAAUGUGUUGAAAUGCCUACUGUAGCAGAGAGAACUGUUUAGAUAAAAUCCUGAACAUUGAGUGUCUAUUCUUGAAUGCACUGUUAAUGGAAGUACAUUGUGUGGAUAAAGAGAGUCACAGUUCCUUUUAUGAUUGUCUCAGCUCCUGCAAUUUAAGUCCCAAGUCUUAGAGUUAAAUCCUUAGUAAAGUCACAGCUCUGUAAGAACUGGAGCCCCUCUAUCAGAGACCCAACUUCUCUAUCACUAUCUGAAAGUCAUUUCCCUGUGAAAGUCAGCCCCUUUUCUCCUAGUGCAUCUAUCUACUCAAACUAACCAUGGGACAUAGUCGACUGCUUAGUGGGUUCACCCUAUGAUUAAUAUAUCCCUUUACUGCAUAGCUAAAUGAGAACUCAGGCGAUAUGCUAACAAAUUUGAAAGCCCAGUGAGAGUGAGUUAGCCUCCUGCUGGGGCGGCGUUCUUACGGCACUCAAAUGUAUCUCCAGCGUCCUCUGUGGACAUCUCUCAAAGCUUCAGUACCAUGCUGCGCUCCGCUUACCUUAGAGGAACAUAUCUUUUAUUCACUUUAAAGCUCCCUCACACCUUUAUUAUACUGGGUAUCGGAUUGUAUAUCAGCAUAACUAUAAGUCAUGGCUCUAUCAGCUACUGUAUAAUGAAGUAACCCACACCUACAGUAUAUACUGUAUCAUCCGGUCUGUAUCACCUGUCUUUAUACAGAACCUAUAUACCUGGCAUUUAGGAACAGGUGUCAACAUGGUGUUACAACAUGUUAGUGCUCGAUGCUCUACGUGCAACAACAUGGUGUCUUUUUCACACCCCAAGGGGACCAGCCAGAGAGGCUCUCUGUGACAUCACGUCCCCUGUGAGGUGCCUUAGCCAAAGCAGGGUUCAUAUAGCUGUUGCCCACAGCGAAGAUUAGCUGCCUUUUUAGCUAAUAGUCCUCCGCAAGAAGACUUUGCUAUGACUCUCAUCCCCUGGCCCCUUUGGAGGAAAUAGAAUUUGACUUGGGUGGGGUAAUAACUAGCCAUUUAAACUGAAAUUCUAACGGACCAUUUCCAAACAAAUGGAGGAAGUCAGCCAAGAAGAGAAGCAGUGCUUUAUUUCUCUUAUCAUGCUCAGUGCACCAGUUGGGAAUCAUGAUUGGCAAAGCAAAUCUGUUCUCUGGUAACUUUACCUGGAUAAAUAAAGGUUGAGUGCACAGCAUGGGUCUACAGUCUCUCUGAGGGUGUUGUUAAUGAUGGAUAGUUUUCCCUUCUUCUCCCCCCCAGAGGACGAGCAGAGGAGAGAGGGGUUUUGUGAGGCAUGGGUGGUGGGGGGUGGAUCUCAGGGUAUAAUAGAUGCUGUUUGAGGCAUGAUUGUGGAGGGAGGGUGCAUAGGGUGAGAUGGUGGGAGGGGGGGGGGGGGGUGGUGAUGGCUUCCGCUGGCACUGCAAACAGGGCGGUGAACCCUGCUGUACGCCCCUAAUCUGCGACUGAAGGUCACUUUGACUGUCUGAUGAGCGCUCUCUCACUUAAUAAUCCCCCUUAUCAUUUUACACCCAUGCAGCAUUUCAGUAGAGUGUGUGUGUGUGACUGUGACUUGGCAUGGGGGGACUGUGGUGGAUACCACAGGGCAUCACCUAACCCCCCAACCACAGAGCUGACCUGGCUGCAAUAGUUAUAUAGAUUGGCUCCUGUAAGCUAUAGUGGAGCAUUACAGACUAAUAAAGGAGUGGCGCAGCGGUCUAUGCACUGCAUCUCAGUGCUAGAGGUGUCCAGGCUGUAUCACAAUCCGGCCGUGAUUGGGAGUCCCAUAGGGUGGCGCACAAUUGGCCCAGCAUCGUCCGGGUUUGGCCGGGGUAGGCCGUCAUUGUAAAUAAGAAUUUGAUCUUAACUGACUUGCCUAGUUAAAUAAAGGUUAAAUAAAAUAAUAAUAAUUGUAAGUUAUAGAGGGGCUUUUCAGUUGUAGAGGUAAAGUUCUUGAACUGAAUAAUUUGAGUUAUAUUAUCUGGGCUUCCAUGUAGAUAUACAGGAGCUCUGAUUCAUGGAAGGUUCCCACUGGGCACACACUGGUUGAAUCAACAUUUUCCCAUGUCAUUUCAAUUACAUUUCAUUGAACCAACGUAGAAUAAAUGUUGAAUUGACCUCUGUGCCCAGUGGGUUUCUUUUAUCUGUUCAACUCUGUUAUUAGUCUUCUAUUUAGGGGCUCAGUUGGGACUGCUGUUGUGGGAGAUGGAACUGCAGCUGCUCUUUGUCCAUCCUGUGCCUCCAUGCAUCUCUCUGUGAUUCUGUGGCAGAUGUGAACUGACUGUAUGAUGAUGCAACACAGGUUGAUGUUGUGCAGUUGUGCUGAAAGAGACAACCUGUGCCAGUAAAGCCAAGACCUCAGUGAGAGGGUUGCUGACUGUUCACGCUAGUGAUGUAAUUCAGGUACUUUUCCUCCACCAAUCUUUGUAUAAAAAUGUAACAAUGUUUUCCCCCCGUUUAAAAUGUGCCCUUUGUUUUUUAUUUUAUUUUUGAAUCUUCUCCACUGUUCCUUGUCUAUAGAUUGCUGAAGGAUUUAAAUUGUAUUUUGUAAAUUAAAUUGCCAUUGUGGUUAACUGUAGACCUACUUCAGGCCUACAUGUAUUGGUGUCUCCUUCUCUCUGUGUGUAAUAGUACAACAUAGUAAUACUGUUAAAAUAGUAUAGCAUAGUACUACUGUUCAAAAUGCAUGGUAAAGAUACAACUGUGGAUGCAUUGAAGUCCUUCUAAUGCACAGUAUUACCAGAAUUUAUAUUCUGGUAUCAAUUCAUAUAAUUUUUCCAUAUGUCGUUUUGAAUUUUCAUUAUUGUGCCCAAUGCCUAUAGUACUGUUACUAUGUGAACUUGUAAAUGAAUGUAAAAAGUCAACAGAGUUGGGGUAUCACCAGUGUACUCAGACUCACCUGUAAUGUCACAGGGUUUCUGUCGCUUCUCUAAUUAUAAUAUGCUUAUUUACCUCCAAUGACCUUUUUAUCCGCAUGUCUAUUUGAAUAGCUCCUAUUUGAAUGUGCAGCCCAGAGCCAUUUUCCUCAUAUUGUCUCCCUAUGCUGUGAAUGUGUUGAUGUUUCAGAGCGUGGGAAGGGCAGGCAGAGACAGGCCAUACUAGGGGAGCACCCGUCCUCUUACGGAGACAAUGGAUACGGUAAGAUCCCCCCCUCCUAACCCCAGCACCAAAACACUACCCUAUUACUCAGUGUGCCAACCAUAUCCCUCUUUAAUGUGGCCCUCUUUUGAUGUCACGUAGGUUGAUACAUUGCUAUGUUUUCAUUGAUAAAGCUCUUUUACAAAAAGUCCCACUGUACCUAACAUCUUUACUAAACUUUAGACAUAUCAGUACCACACCCGGUCUCAGGGAUGGCUAACUCUGGAAAUUCCUUUGCUCUCUACUGAGUUAGGUAAAUUAGCUUCUUCUUGCACCUUAUUUGUGGAAAAAUCUUCAAAAUGUUCUUAAAUUUGAUGUUUUGGUGCCUCUAGGGUAAUUCAGAAGGCUGAUUGAGGACCUUAUUACUGAUUAAUGUGUUUGUUUUUUAUUACCGUGUUUUUCUUUCUUUCUUGCAUUUUGUAUUUAUAUUUUAAUGAGUCUAUUUUCUGUAAUUUAUGUAAUUCAGGGUUCAUCUGGAAAAGAGACCUUGGUCUCAGUAUGACUCCCUGAUAAAAUAAAGGUUAAAUAAAUAAAUAUCGGCCUCCUUCAUCUCUAUGUCACACAUACUGCUACAUUAUCCACACUAUCCACACAGACAUCUACCUUAUCCACACUCUAUCCACACUUCCCACACACCCCUACUGCUCAGAUGGAGGGUGUAGAUUCUCAACCCUAUCUGAAGGUGAUAGGAGUAGAGACCUCCAACCCUGCUUUGUCUCAAGAGGCUAGUAGGGAAACAUAAAACCCAUCUCCACACUCCUUUCACCAUCAGGGUUGUGUUCAUGAGGACCAAACAGGACAGGAAAGUAGGAGCUGAUCUCCUCCGUUUCAAAAUGUUUUCUCCUGUUUCAUGCCUACUGAGCACAACCCAGGUGGAAGUGAAAGUUGUAACCUGCUCCUCCUUUCCCCUUGUGUUAUGUAUUCCAGGGUCACACUGCCCCCUGCUGCCUCUCCCGGGGAACAGCAGGUACAAGCUGAGCUCCCACGACAUCCCAGAGGUGGUGGCUUACCCCCUGCCCCAGAGCUCCUCCUACAACAACCACGGCUCCAGCUCUGUUGCUAUGGUGAGCGGCCUGCACCCCGGCAAGAUGAACUGCACCCGCAUCUUCAACCUCUUCUGUCUCUAUGGCAACAUCGAAAAGGUCAGCAGGGGGGCCCACCUGAGCAGGAAUUUAAGGGCAUCCAUGUGUGUGUUUCUGAUAGUUUGUGUGUGAAUGAACAUUUCAUUGAUCUUUCUUCUUUUUUUUUUGGGGGGGGGGGGUUAGUGUGUGUUAUUCUGUUUGAAGUAUUUCUGUUUGAAGUAGGUGUUGCUAAAGGUGUGUGUAUCUAUGGAGUAUUUGAGGUUGGCUGUGCACAUAAUGUCUGAAUCUGUUUGUGUGGCAGGUGAAGUUCAUGAAGAGUGUCCCAGGCACUGCCCUAGUAGAGAUGGGGGAUGAGUAUGCAGUGGACAGGGCGAUCACUCACCUCAACAGCAUCAAGGUGUUUGGCAAGAGGCUCAACGUCUGGUGAGUAUCCUUGUUAGUACAUUAGAGGGAAGCUUAGGACCUGCAGUAUUCAACCACGUAGUUAAUAUUAUUGUCUACUAUCUAGUAUCUUAUUACUCUUUCUCUGUCUUCAACUCCCUCCCUCUGCAUUUCUCUCUUCCUCAUUUUUCUCUCUCUCUCCCCCUCUCCUCUCCCUCUCUUCAGUGUGUCCAAGCAGCAUGCUGUCAUCCCCAGCCAGGUGUUUGAGCUGGAGGAUGGCAGCAGCAGCUAUAAGGACUUUGCCAUGACCAGGAACAACCGCUUCACCAGUCAAGGCCAGGCCUCCAAGAACAUCAUCCAGCCACCCUCCUGUGUGUUGCAUUACUACAACGUCCCCCCCUGCAUCUCUGAGGACCAGCUACUGAGGGUAGGGCUGUGAUGAUGACUAUGGUGGAGAUAGGGUGUGAGCAGAGGCCUAAACAGAGGGGUUGAAGGUCAAGGCUAGAGGACGGGAUGGAGGGAGUAAGGUUAUGAUUAACUCCCAUAAGUCCAUCCCUUUGUACUGCACUACUGCAAAUCCCUCCUGGCAUCUGAAAGUACCAGCUGCUGAGUGUAUGGCUGGGAUGGCAGGGUAGGAAUUGGGUAUGGGGAAGGGUUUCUGAGGUCCAUAUGGGGUAAUCCUGUGUGCUGAACUAUUACAAGCCCCUCCCCCUACAUUUCCGAGGGCCAGACGGAUCUUGGGUAUGUGGUUGGAAUGAGGGUGCAUGUCUAAUAUUUUGUCAAUAGAACUAAGAGGUGAAUUUAGCCUGCUACUCUUUUGCUGCACAAUUACAAUAGCUUGCAUAGAAGAAGACGACCACUGAUGCUUCUGCCUGUCACUCACUGUCAAAGAUCUUUGUAGUUUGACUGAUACUAAAGAGCUCCAUCUUGUGGAGGUGGUUAAAAUCCAGCAGUAAUGUCUCACAACAACCUUCAAAUCAAAUCACAUGCGCCGAAUACAACAGGUGUAGACCUUACAGUGAAAUGCUUACUUACAAGCCCUUAACCAACAAAGCAGUUUUAAGAAAGAAUACCAAAUAAUGCAAAUAGUCUGGGUAGCCAUUUGAUUAGAUGUUCAGGAGUCUUAUGGCUUGGGGGUAGAAGCUGUUUAGAAGCCUCUUGGACCUAGACUUGGCGCUCCGGUACCGCUUGCCGUGUGGUAGCAGAGAGAACAGUCUAUGACUAGGGUGGCUGGAGUCUUUGACAAUUUUUAGGGCCCUCUGACACUGCCUGGUAUAGAGGUCCUGGAUGGCAGGAAGCUUGGCCCCAGUGAUGUACUGGGCCGUACGCACUACCCUCUUAUUAUAGUGCCUUGCGGUCGGAGGCAGAGCAGUUGCCAUACUAGGGAGUGAUGAAACCAGUCAGGAUGCUCUCGAUGGUGCAGCUGUAGAACGUUUUGAGGAUCUGAGGACCCAUGCCAAAUAUUUUCAGUCUCCUUCUUUUUCCUGUUGUCCAUAAUCAUCUCCUUUAUCUCAGCUGUUCUUUUUUUACAGUUAUGCUCAGAGCAUGAUGUGCCAGGUUUCACCAAGUUCAAGAUGUUUGAUGCAAAGCGUAAGUUUGGCCUUUUCUUUCUCACUUUUUCCAUUUGUGUGUGUUAGGUUGUUGAAGGAGUUAAGUUGUCUUUCUCUUCUCUCUUCUUGUCAGCCUCCUCCAAAACCAUUUCUGGCUUGUUAGAGUUUGACUCCAAGACACACGCGGUCGAGGUCUUGACCGUUCUAAACCACUACCAGAUCAGAAUACCAAGUAAGUGA